CACUACUUACCGCCGUCUUCUGGGUGGAGUUCUGGUGUGAAAAUGCUGUCAGCCAUGGAGGAAUACGAGUAGCCAUUGUCUCCAACUCCUUCCAUUGAUCGUUGAGGGGUGACAAGGGAUUUGUUCUUAUAGGACGGAGCAUUGUGAAAGACGAAGUAGCAGAGAACAUACAGACGAGCGAGCAGAGAGUAGCAAUGGUCACUCUGAGGAAGAGAGUUCGAAGUUCGGAUGCAAAUCCCAAAGAAGCCCAGAAUGAAAAUACCCUAACCGCUGGCGCUCCAGAGCAGGUGGUCUCAGGGUACGAGCAGUCCAGAGAUAAAAGGAUUAAAGAGAACAUGGAGAGAAUGCAAAAGCUUGGUAUCCUCGAUCUCUCUCUCAAACUCAAGUCCGGCCUUUCCUCUCCCAAGCGCAAUCCCAGAAACAGUUCCGAAAGAAAAAUGCCUCAACCUUCUCCACUGCUCCCUUCUGCACCUUCGAGACGUUCUUCCAGGUUGCAGAAUGCAGCUCCUGUUAGCUACUCAGAACUUCGUGUGCACAACAAAAAGGACAAAUCGGGAUCCUACGACAUGGAGCCUUGUGUGGAAGAAGGGGAGAAGCCAGAGAUUUAUACGGAAGAACAAGAGAAGCUCUUGGGUACGUGUGAAACGCCUUGGACUCUUUUUGUGGAUGGAUUUGGGAAGGAUGGUAAGCGUAUAUAUGAUCCGAUAAAGGGGAAGACAUGCCAUCAAUGCCGGCAGAAAACUCUUGGUCAUCGUACACAUUGCAUCGAAUGCAAGCUGGUACAAGGGCAGUUUUGUGGAGAUUGCUUGUACAUGAGAUAUGGGGAGAAUGUACUGGAAGCCAAUCAGAAUUCCAAUUGGAUUUGCCCUGUUUGUCGUGGGAUUUGCAACUGUAGCUUAUGCCGAGUGCGAAAAGGAUGGGUUCCCACCGGGAAUCUAUAUAGAAAAGUCUCAAACCUGGGCUACAAGUCAGUUGCACAUUAUCUCAUCCAAACCCACCGCUCUCAAACAAACUUAGAAGAAGAUCCAGGAGUGGAACACCCAGUUUCUGCUAAGAGGUCAUUACCCUGUGAAGACUUGGAAGGACCGUCCCAGGAGAAGCCUUUUGACUGUGGUGAUGGCAAUCAUGAAUGUUCAAAGCCACAAGUUGAAGAAUUUGGAGAUGAUGAUGGGACUAAAGAGAAGAAAGUAGAAGUACAGAGUAUGGAUACUGAGCAUGAUGUUAGCAAUAGUGCAUCAGAAGGUGACUCAAAGCUUAGAAUGAAUCAUGUCCUUGCUACUGAAGUAUGCCAAGAUGGUGUUGCUGGAAGAUUGAGGCAGCACAGUAACAAGGAUACUGACUACAAUAGAUGCACAAAGUCAGAGAUUGGAAACAGCCAAAAUGAUAAGAAAUCCAGAGUGGGGGAAGAGGAAGGGAAUACAGAUGAUGAAGAGGUUAUCAGUAUUGCAUCAGAUAGUAGUGAUCAGAAGCCACUUGCCUUUGCCAGCGAUUCUAUUCCAGGUAGUAUUGCUGGAAGGUUGAGGCUAAGGCGUAACAGGUCCUGAAGAUGGAUGCUCUUUUUAUAUCAGCAAGGUGCUGAUGUUCUAGUAUUGGCUCUCAAUUGCAUAUAGAAGCAAGCACCAAGUUUUGAACAGGUUCCAUAUUUUGGGCGAGGAUGCAUGUGAAUUUUAUUUCUGGUGGGACUGUCUUUUUGUCCUUCUACAGGUGCAAUUAAGUCACCGAACACUUUACUGGCAUUUUAUUUGGCACUGAACCAAUCCCCUAUGUAGGUUUUCUGAGGUCCUAACAUGUCCUGAAGGUGCAUACUCUCUUGUUGGCUUAGUAGCUGUUAAGUAUACAUGCAAAUACUGUUCAAGUCAUGGAAGCAAGUGCACAUAGGUUUUGCAAUUUAUGCUGGGAUGACGAAAUGAUUUUAUUUCUGAUGGAGUUACAUACUUCUAAUGAUCUUUUAGUCUUUCAAAACUUUUGAAAACACUUAUUAAAGAUGACAUUUUGGAUGAUUCUUGUCA